AGAAAUUCUUUGUUGUGAUCAGUCUAGUCUUGCAAAAACAGAUUGACGCAAUGGUCGCCGAUAUCAGGCGAGGUCGUGCGAUUCCCAGAGAUCAAGUCAUCCAGGAGAUGCGUCGGAAAGCUGAAGACCCGGAUGAAGUCGUGGCUACAUCUAUGGUGCUUUCGUUAAAGGAUCCCGUCGGGCACACACGCAUCACAACGCCCUGUCGUGGUAUCUGCUGCGUUCAUCUGCAAUGCUUCGACGCGGCCCUGUACCUACAGCUCCAGAAACAAGCGCCUACGUGGACAUGUCCCAUCUGCAAUAAAGCUGCGGGUUGGGAACAACUGGCUCUGGACCAGUUUGUUAACGACAUUCUGAACCAGACGCCAAAAAGUGUUGAGGCGGUAACCGUCCCAGUCGACGGGAGAUGGUAUAUUCCGAUCGAAAACAAUACUGUUAGUUGUAAGCCCAACCCCAUGCCAUUGGUCAAGACAGAACCAUUGUCCUCUGGAGGGGUAACCACCGCCCCUUCAGCGUCGGAACCCAAGAGACGCAAAAGGCAUGGAACACCAGAAAUCAUUGAUUUGACUGGGAGCGAUGACGAGGAAUUCAGGCAAGCUCAACCCCAAUCACCAUUGUGGCAUUUCACAGGUACAAUAUCAUCAGGGGAUACAGGGGCGUUUUCUACAAUCUCCUUCCUACUUAAGAGGAAGGAGGUGGGAGGAUAGCUUGGUUACUGAGUGCAUACGUACGACCGACAGAACGCUCAUCUUCCCCAGCCUAACGACCGUUAUACACCCCCCAGUUUACUGCCUGACUCUAUUCCGGUCUGGAGUGAUAGUCAUUCCACAUAUUAUUAAGUCGGUCUUGGCGUGCCGUAGGUGACUUUCAUUCCACGGCGUUCACUCCUGUUGAUUCAGGAGGAUCGUGAAUAGGUCAUGGAUUGGUCUGUCUAUCUGUGUCUGUCCUCAGGCCAGGCCUGAACGUCUAUAUACAGAAUGCUAGGUGCCAGGAAGACCUCUCCUGAGUCUUGCCAUGUCGCAAGACCUCCUGGCACUAGGCGCAAUCAGGUAACGCCUGAAGCGCACCUAAAACGACAACUGAUUCAGGCGCAACAACUCCACACACAAAAUUCGGGUGUACCAUUCAUCGCAUAUUUCAC